UAUGCUAUCCACAGCUGCAGGUUUCCAAUCAAUGCUCAAAGAAGUAUGAUAAAAAGUAUUAAAUUUCUCAGGGGGCUCGCCAUUAUCAAGGAUUAGAGGAAGCUAUCUUAAAAAAUAUUUAAGCAUGCAAAGAAAUCUCUAACAUGACUAAAACUUCUUUAGGCCCAAAUGGAAUGAAAAAAAUGGUUGUGAAUCAUAUAGAUAAAAUAUUUGUUACAAGUGAUGCAGCAACAAUCCUUAAAGAAAUGGAAAUCUAACAUCCUGCCGCCAAGAUGAUCCUUAUGGCUGCUAAAAUGUAAGAAACUGAAUAAGGUGAUGCUACAAAUUUUGUUAUUACUCUAGCUGGAGAGUUAUUAUAAUAAGCUGAAAGUUUAAUAAAACUAGGAUUACAUCCAAGGUAUUACUUAUAAUACAUUCAUUUAGCUAAAUUGUUGUUGGGUAUGAAACAGCAUUAAAAAAGGCAUUGGAUUUACUUGAAGAAUAAAAAAUAUGGGAAAUAAAUGAUGUUGCUGAUGAAUAAUAAGUCUUUUAAGCAAUUAGAACUUCUCUAAGUAGUAAAUUGUCAGAGUAAUUUUCUAAAUAAAGAUUUAUAGCUAUUCUAAUCUCAUUGCUGGUCUUGUAGCCAAAGCAUGUAUUAGAUGUUUACCAAGGGAAAAGUCUAACUUUGAUUCUGAAUAUGUUAGAGUUACUAAAAUAUUGGGUGGAUCUGUUUUGGAUAGUCAUGUUUUAUCUGGAUUAAUUGUAACUAGAAAUGUUGAAGGACAAAUUAAUAGAUUGGAAAAUCCUAAAAUUUGUGUAUUUAAUGCACCAUUAGAUCCAUAAUCAUAAGAAACUAAAGGAACUGUUUUAAUUAAAAAUGCUACAGAAUUAAUGAACUAUACAAAGAGUGAAGAAGAAUUAGCUGAAAAGAUAGUCAAAAGUAUUGCAGAUGCAGGAGUUAAUUUAAUAGUUGCUGGAGGAAGUAUUUCAGAAUUAGUAUUACAUUUUGUUGAAAAAUAUAAAAUGAUGAUUGUGAAAGUUUAAUCAAAAUUUGAAUUAAAACGAUUAUGUAAAGCAGUUGGAGCUAGUGCUUUAUCUAGAUUAUCUGCACCUAUGCCAGAUGAAUUAGGAACAUGUGAUCGUGUUCAUGUACAAGAAAUCGGUAGUCAAAAAGUUACUAUUUUCGAAAAGUAAAGUGAUACUUGCAAAUUGGCAACUAUUGUUUUAAGGGGUGCUACAUAAAAUCUUUUAGAUGAUAUUGAAAGAGCAAUUGAUGAUGGAGUUAGUUGUUAUAGAUCAUUAAUUAAAGAUCCAAGAUUUGUUUAUGGUGGAGGGGCUACUGAAAUUGUAAUAUUCAUUUCUCUAUACAUUUUAGAAAUUAGCUUAGUAAUUAGAAUCGGAAGCAAACAAAAUUAAAUCUAUAGAUUAAUAUGCUUAUAGAUAAUAUGCUUAAGCAUUUGAAAUUAUACCUAGAAUCUUAAUUGAUAAUGCUGGUUUAGCUCAAAAUGAAAUGAUGGCUUAAUUACACAAAUUGAAUUCUGAGAAACCUCAUUCAUUAAAUAUUUCUGUAUAUAUAUAUUUCUGAAAUUUAGAAUGGAACAUUAACUCCAUCAAAUGAAUUGAAGGUAUUUGAUCAUCUUAAAACUAAAUGGUGGGCAAUUAAAUUAGCUACAGAUGCUGCUAUCACAAUCUUGAGAGUUGAUUAAGUAUCAUUAUUAUAUAUAUUUUUAGAUUAUUAUUGCCAAACCAGCUGGAGGACCAAAGAUGCCAGAUAGAGGACAUUGGGAUGAUUAAGAAUGAGUGU